AUGGAGCAGAUUCUGACGGCCUUGGCUCAGAUGCAGGCGAAUGCCCCCGCAGCUUCGACCACAGCUCCACUACAGCUCAGCAACCCGAUCCUGCAGCAGCUUUUGUCCGAGGCAGCUCGACCCAAGCCUCAGUUUGAGGCUCAGGCUGUGUUGCCGCCAAAUAUUGCCCAGAUGAUUGCAGUGCAGCUGAAGAAAGAAAUGGAGGCAUCUGGGCAGGGCGUGCAGCAGCCGCAGCCGGAGAGCCAAGCUGUUGCUGCAGACAAGCAAAAGGCUCCUCGUGCAGAAAAGCAACAGGCUCCUGCUGCCAACGGCCCCGGUCCGAGCCGGAUGCCUGGCGUGGGGUCCGCGAAGGGGCCGGCUUCCGGCAGCAUGGUCCGAGAGUCUGACAUCAUGGAUGUAACGGGUGGAAAACCUUGGACCAAAGCUGAUGCGAAAACUAAGGUGGAGGACAAGCCGAAGCCAGAGAGAUCCGUGCUCUCGCUGUGCAAGAUCAUGACUUUCGAGUAUGUGGACAACCAGAUGGUCGAGGUGUAUGCUCGAGUGAUCAACAAGCCUGGCUUUAAAAGAAAAGCCCCGGAGGCCCCGGCAAAGCUGCCGGCAAAGGACGACCAGGAGCCUGCGUUUGAGGAGGAGACUACUGACGCAGACGAUGACAAGGACGCGCCCCAGAGCAGCAUGAAGCCGCCGGAGCCGAAUGGGUUCCUCGCUGCAUUGUCACAAGCGAAGUUUGCAUUUUAUCGCACCCACCGAAUGACGAUCGCAGCAAUCGGCAAAAGGAAGCAGACAAGAAUGGGGGACUCAAGCGUCAACGCGGCGGUCAAAGGCACAAGUGAGGAGGGCCAUGGAGGGCCUGAGGCCACCGACGACGUGGCCAAGCUGCACCGUGAGAGCGAGGCGGAGGCCCUCUCUCCCCGUCGCGGGGCAGAGAGGCCAAAGUCAAAGCCCCUUUCCAGGAAGAAGAAAAGGCGAUGUGCAGAAGAGACCGUGCCUACACCAAAGGUUACGCCGAAGCGGCUGAAAUUUUCGGAGCCAGAGCCAGAUGCAUCGGAGGACCCCGAGGAGGACGGCGAAGACGACGAUGAUCAGGAGGAGGAGGUUGAGGAGCCGGGCAGCGAGGAUGACGAUGUCUUCAAUGGCCCGUAUGCCCUGAAAGACAAGCCCAGAAAGCAGCUGAAGGCCAUCGAGGAUAAGCCGCCGCUGGCACUCGAGGAUGAAGCGAAGGAAGCAAGGCCGGCAGAAACUCCCCAGUCGUGUGGCCUGGAUUCCCUGCCUCGUGACCUUGGCAACAAGCUCAAGAAGCUCAGCGGCGAUCUUCUGGAGACUCUGACAGGCGACUUUGGAUCGUCUGAUGUGCCCCAUGUCAUUGCUAUCCUGGAUGGAGAGCAGAUUUAUAGCCUCACGGACGCCUUUGACGUCCUCCUGGAUGUUGAAGGUGAACUUCCUGGCAUCCUUGGCGAAGAAUCCAAGGAUGCAGCGAGCAAACUGACGCUCCGAGGAAAGAAGAUCUUGAAGCGCUGGCCCCAGCUACUCAAGGCCAGACGCGGCUAUUCCGCAAUUCCGCGCAUUCCUGGCCUUUUGCAGCCUGUGCAGGCCAAGAAAGAGGAGAUGGGCGACUGA